UUCCGUUCGCCCGUGUUAGGUGUUCUCCGGUUCUUCCCCGAGCUAAGCUCGACCUCCCACUCCCGUCCAUUCCUAACACGCACCGGAAAUCUGCUCCGGUCCGCAGCGCAUGUACGACGCCGGCAAUACAGCCGGCUCCCCUCUCUUCCCUCUUAUCUGCCGCCCGAAUAUCCUCGGUGCCAUCGGACGCGCUUUUCUUUUGUUGCCUUUACCCAAAUCUCACCUUGUUCCUGGAUUGGAUUUCUGCUUGCUUUCUUGAUCAAUUGAAAUCUGUAAUCCGCAGCUGGGGCAUUCAGCGGAGAGAGCGCUCCUGGACUGGGGAGGCGAGGUCGCGGAUAAGCACCAAUUUGGGCGUCGGCGCUUCAAGGGUCCUCACGAUAUAUUGGAGUUCUGUGGGGUGUAACGAUGGUGGUUCCGUGAUGCAAAAUCUAUCUCUUCCCACAAACACCUGGGAAUGUUGUCUUGCUUGUUUUUGCCAACUUGCUAUUGUUCUCGAUUAUGUAUGAGUUAUCGGAAUUAUGACAUGCCAUCAGUUCAAGAGUUAACUGAGAUGGCUGGAAAAGGAAGCUAUGUUCCGCCGCAGUAUGUUCCGUUAUAUGGUCUAGACACUGAGGAGGAUAGUGUUCCUGAGGUGGAGGAGAACAUUGCCACGCGCCAAGGAUUAAGCCGGGAUCCUACACAAUGGUCUUCAGGCAUUUGUGCUUGUUUUGAUGAUCCACAGAGCUGUUGUAUUGGUGCGACUUGCCCCUGCUUUCUCUUUGGAAAAAAUGCACAGUUCUUGGGAUCUGGAACUCUCGCUGGAUCAUGCACUACGCAUUGCAUGCUUUGGGGCCUUCUGACAAGUUUCUGCUGUCUGUGUACUGGGGGGCUUGUAUUAGCAGUUCCAGGGUCUGCUGUUGCUUGUUAUGCUUGUGGAUACCGCCAAGCACUAAGAACAAAGUACAACCUUCCGAUGUUCUUACUUUGCAGGAAGCACCAUGCGGCGAUUUGACGACACACUUAUUCUGCCAUCUGUGUGCGAUAUGCCAAGAGUACAGGGAGAUCCGCGAGAGAACAGACAGUGGCACCUCUUCAGCUCCUGAUGUUACCCCACCUCCGGUGCAGACAAUGGAUGAACUUUGAUUGAGUAGAUGACGCAAACAUAUCCUGACUCGCAAAUCUUUGGUUGGCUUGGCAUGCCCUUGCCUGCAAGGUUUUGUGUUAUCGCGCACUGCUCCCACAGCUACGAUGUCAGACUUUAUACAGCUGGUGUAAAGAUAACCUGUAAACUAAUGGACAGCGUGAAAAGGUGUAACCAGUUGUUGCACAAUUGCAGCUUGUAACAUUUUUUUCUUCAUAUAUAUAGAAUUGAAAUGAAAACAAAACGUUCUCCUGCA